AACGCUAGCAAUUUCGAAAAGUACAGAGAUGUUGAGUGUCCUGAUGUUGGCCAGGAAUCCUGGCAAGCGGCUGCUGCCUCGCAGCGGAGUGCUGCAAGCCCAGUUAGCACUUCGUGGCCAGAAAACCAUGCCGGUGUACGAUUACCGUUGCCAGAAUCCGCCCAAGUGGGGCUACUCUGCCUUCGGACGCGACCAGAAGACCUGGGGCGAGUGGACCUGUGCCAGGUUGGAUGACCUGCUCAACUGGGGCCGCAAGGGCUCGCUGUGGCCGCUGACCUUUGGCCUCGCCUGCUGCGCCGUGGAAAUGAUGCACAUUGCGGCUCCUCGCUACGACAUGGAUCGCUACGGAGUGGUGUUCCGGGCAUCUCCGCGCCAGGCGGACGUGCUCAUCGUGGCCGGCACGCUGACCAACAAGAUGGCGCCGGCCUUUCGCAAGGUGUACGACCAGAUGCCGGAGCCCAGAUGGGUCAUCUCCAUGGGCAGUUGCGCCAAUGGUGGGGGCUACUACCACUACUCCUACUCCGUGGUGCGCGGCUGCGAUCGCAUUGUGCCGGUGGACAUCUACGUGCCCGGCUGUCCGCCCACCGCCGAGGCCCUGAUGUACGGCAUCCUGCAGCUGCAGAAGAAGGUCAAGCGCAUGAGGACGCUGCAGAUGUGGUACAGGAAGUAGAGUGGAGCAUCCUCAUAGGGAGUGCAGUAAAUAAAUGACACCUUUGAAAACCCC